GUUAAUAUGGAUCCAGCCUAUUCGACUAACAAAGACGAUGCAUCAGUCUAAGCGAGAGCAAGGAGGAGAAGGAAUGAUCAAAGUAGUAGGGAUUAUACAUGUGGAUGUGGGAAGAGCUAUUUAAGUUACCCCGCAUUAUACACCCAUUUGAAGUAUCGCAACUUAUAUACGGAGGCAAAAACAUCAAGGAAGCCCACCUCAAGGGACCACUCAACCUAAUAAUAUGAAUCCAAAGGCAAAUAGGGGCAGACCCAAGAGAGUACGAAUGAUUUUAUUAAUUCAAGUUAGAUGAAAAUGACUUGAAGGAAGGCAAAUCAGACGAUGAAAGAUCAAUUAGCAAUAAUGAGCCAGAUGAAACCAUUGAAUAAGUCCUUCUCUUUCUAGAUAGCAUCGGCAAUUUCAGAUCUGUAAGACUGCAUUAUGAAAUUUCAAGGGCGUGAAGUAUGAAAAAGAAGAAGAAAAAUAAGGCUAUUUGUUGAAUUGCUUUCCCAAGGAUUAUUUUAACAACUCUCUGGAUUAUUCGGCCAUUUAUAACAAUAUUAAGGACAUCACAAAUGAAAGAGUAAAAAAUUGCGGCAUAAUUUCAAAUAGGUAAAAAAUCCAGAUCAGGAUCCUCUUACGAAGGAGGAAAUUGAUAAAGACAAAAACAUUAAGAAAACUUAAAUAAAUAAAAUCUUAGCCUAUUUUCUUGUGGCCAUUGGCCCUCUAUUGAAUGAAGAUGCUUACAAGGAAGUAAGAUUAUGUUUUUGAUAAAGAUGGCUACCUUUAUUGUUCUAUUCUCAAUCGCACUUAAUGAAACGGGUUAUUAGGCCCUCUAAAAUUAUGAAUAAGAAUAAUAUCAGCAAGGAGAUACUGAUAAAAAGCCUUAAUCACUAGUCAAACAAGGUAUGGAUACAUUUAGUAUCAAGACUAAAAUUUGAAUGCAUAUUGCGAAGAAUAAAAUGGUGAACACAUUUUAUUAAUAACAAAUGAAUUUAUUUUGUCAUUUUUACCAUUGAACUUCCCUAAAUUGGGGAACAUAGAAAAAACUUUUAGAAUAUUUGGUAGUCCAGAUGAAAAGUUAAAAAAUGCUGUUUAUGUUACUUAACAUUUAUCUUACUGGUUGUAUGCUAUGAAAUUUACUAACUCAAGAUUAGCUCUAUACACAGAUGAUGAUUAAUGA